AUGGAAAGAAUUAAGACUAGAACAGAACAGGGAAUUCAAGAAUUAGAAGAGUUUAAAACAUUUUUUAGAUCGAAAACUUAUAAAAAUUAUGAAACAUCAAAUGAAGAAGAAAUAUUAAAAAAAUGUAUUGAUAAAAUUGUAAAUGAUGUAGAAGACUUUGCCACAAAUGGAAGUGGGUGGUGGUUUAAAGAAGUUUUAGAGCUUCAUGUUAAUACUAUUAAGUUUAAUCCAACCAAAGGAACAUCUUACAUUGAUCUUCCUUCUUGGUUAAAAGAUAAAAAAGCAAUUAUUAAUUUACAAAACAAAGAUGACAAAUGUUUUCUUUGGUGUAUACUUAGACAUCUUCAUCCAAAAGAAUUACAUGCAGAAAGAAUAAAAGAUUUGGAAAAGUAUGAGUUUUCACUUAACACUAAAGAAAUUACUUUUCCAAUGAAACUAAAUAAUAUUACUAAAUUUGAAAAACUUAACCCAGAACUUCCAGGGAUAAAUGUUUUUUCUAAUGAUGGAGAGACAAUUUAUCCUUUGAGAGAGGCAAAUAGAGAUUGUAAAAAUACUAUUGAUUUAUUUUUAUAUGAAAAAGAUGGCGUCUCUCAUUAUACUCUUAUUAAAAAUUUUCAUAGGUUGAUAAAGUCACAAAAAACUACAAGUCAUAAUGGAGAAAUGUUUAUUUGUAAGAGAUGCUUUAGUCAUUACACUAAAGAAGAAUUAUUAGAAAAACAUAUUAAAUAUUGUUCUAAAAAUCAAACAGCACUUAUAACAAUGCCCAAACCAAACACAUUUCUAUAUUUCAAAAAUUAUCACAAAAAACUUCCAAUACCUUUUGUAGUUUAUGCAGAUUUUGAAUGUUUUACUAAACCAAUGAAUAGUUGCAGUCCUAAUCCAAAAGAAUCAUAUAGUUAUAAUUAUCAGAAACAUGAACCAUCAGGAUUUUGCUUUUAUGUAAAGGGAAUAAUCAAUAAAAAAAUAAAACCAUUCAUUUACACAAAAACCUCUGAAAAUGAUGAUGUAGCAAAAGUAUUUGUAGAAAAACUAGUGGAAGUGACUAAAGCAAUUUAUAACGAAUUUUAUAAAAGACCAAAACCUCUUAGACUAACUAGUGAAGAUAAAAAAUCAUUUGUGAAAGCAGUUAACUGUCAUAUUUGUGGUGGUGAAUUAAAAGAGGAUAAAGUUAGAGAUCAUUGUCAUUUUACAGGACAGUAUCGUGGAGCAGCACAUAACAAAUGUAAUCUUAUGUGUCGUAAACCAAAAAUAUUACCAGUUAUAUUUCAUAAUCUUCAGGGAUAUGAUGCUCAUUUGUUUAUAAAACAACUUGCUAAAAUAGAUGGUAGACUUGAAUGUAUACCAUCUACUGAAGAAAAAUAUAUUUCAUUUUCUAAAAUUAUUAAAGUUGGAGAGUAUAAAUAUGGUUUUGAUGGUGAAAAAUUUCCAAUAAAUUUUGAGAUAAGAUUUUUAGAUUCAUUUAAAUUUCUUCAAACAUCACUUGCCAAUCUUGUUUCAAAUUUAUCAAAAGAAGAUUUUCAUAAUACAAAUCAUGUAUUUAAGAAAAAUAUAGAUCUACUAACUCGUAAGGGAGUUUAUCCUUAUGAUUAUGUUUCAUCACUUGAUAAAUUAUCAGAAACACAACUCCCUCCCAAAGAGGAAUUCUAUUCAAAACUAAAUGAUGAAGAUAUUAGUGAGGAAGAUUACCAACAUGCAAUUAAAGUCUGGAAUACAUUUGAAUGUAAAACAAUAAGAGAUUAUCACAAUCUUUAUCUAAAGUCUGAUGUAUUACUUCUAGCGGAUGUAUUUGAAAACUUUAGAAAAACUUGUCUCAAACAUUACAAAUUAGAUCCAGUUCACUAUUACACAUCCCCAGGUCUAGCUUGGGAUGCAUGUCUAAAAGAAACAGGUCAGAAAUUAGAGUUACUACAUAAUUAUGAUAUGUUAAUGAUGUUUGAGCGAGGUAUUCGUGGUGGAAUAACACAUAUAUCAAAAAGAUAUGCGGAAGCGAAUAACAAAUAUAUGAAAGACUACAAUCCUGAUAAGGAGACAACAUUUAUUCAAUAUCUCGACGCAAACAAUCUUUAUGGUUGGGCAAUGACACAACAACUCCCAACACAUGGAUUUCAAUGGAUAAAAGAUAUAACAUUAGAAAAGGUAGAUGAAAUACUAGAUAAAGCAAAUCAUAGUAUGUCAAAUAUUGGGCGAAAAGGAUAUAUAUUUGAAGUUGAUUUGGAAUAUCCUCCUCACCUAUGGGAAACACAUAAUGGUUAUCCUUUAGCACCUGAGAAGAUGAUUGUUAAUGGUGUUGAAAAGUUAAUUAGUCAUUUUAAACCUCGAAAGAAUUAUGUUGUGCAUUAUCGUACUCUUAGACAAUGUCUUGAGAUGGGUAUGAGAAUUACUGCUGUCCAUAGAGGAAUAUCAUUUUAUCAGUCUCCUUGGAUGGAGCCUUACAUAAGAAAAAAUACAGAACUUAGAAAAACAGCAGCCAACAGUUUUGAGAAAGAUUUUUUCAAAUUAAUGAAUAACAGUGUCUUUGGAAAAACAAUAGAAAAUAUAAGGAAAAGACAAAAUAUAUAUCUUAUUGAUAAUCGUAAGAAAGCUCUAAGACUAUCAAGUCGUCCAAACUUUGAUAGAUAUACAAUAUUUGAUAAAAAUCUUAUUGCGAUUCAUAUGCUAAAGACAGAAGUGUAUUUUAACAAACCAGUGUAUGUUGGUCAAGCAAUUUUAGAUUUAUCAAAAACACUAAUGUUCAAUUUUCAUUACACAUACAUAAAAAAGAAAUAUGGUAACAAAGCAGAAUUAUUGUUUACAGAUACGGAUUCAUUGAUGUAUCAAAUUAAAACAAAAGAUUUUUAUUUAGAUAUAUGUCCUGAUGUAAGAGAGAAGUUUGAUACUUCUGAUUAUCCUCUCAUCCAUCCUUCUGGGAUAAUUACAGGAGUUAAUAAAAAAGUUAUUGGAAUGUUUAAAGAUGAAGUAGCAGGAAAACAGAUAACACAUUUUGUUGGAUUACGCCCCAAACUUUAUAGUUUUAAAAUUGAAGAGGAUAGGGAAGUAAGAAAGUGUAAAGGAGUAAAGAAAAAUGUUGUGAAAAAGAAAUUAGAUUUUGAUAAUUAUGUUAAAUGUCUAUUUACAGGUGAGAAAGAAAUGAGAAGUAUGAAAAUAAUAAGAAGUGAAAAACAUGAUAUAUAUUCUAAAGAAGUUAACAAAAUAGCGUUAAGUAAUGAAGAUGAUAAAAGAGAGGUGCUCAAAGAUAAUAUUCAUACUUUGGCUUUUAGAUAA